AUGGCUUCACCAUCGAAAAAGCGCAAGGUUCCCAUCAAAUCAAACAUACCAUUAAGGGUCCUAGACGCGCCAAGUUUGACUAACGACUUCUAUACCAAUGUUGUCUCGUGGAGUCGACAGUCCAAUCGAAUCGCUGUGGGGCUAGCUUCAGAGGUUUAUCUUUGGCGUGAGGAUGAAGUUGCUUGUCUCUUAGACCUCCCUGAAGGCCGCAGUGUUUCUUGCGUGAGCUUCUCAGACGGCGAGUAUAUAAUUGUGGGUACCAAGGAGGGAAAUGUAUAUUUGUUCUCGCAGCUCAGGUCCACAAUGUUGGACCAUUACUUCAAUCAAUCCAAUGGUGUUUGCUGCAUAGAAUGGUUCCCCAAUAAACCUAAUACUUUUCUCGCUGGAGAUGACAAUGGCUUAGUGUUAUGUAUAGAGAUCCUUCCUCCCGGAAAGCUCAACUUGAUUACCAAGUUUAAAUGCCACCAGCAACAGGUAUGUGGUAUAGCCAUUUGCUGUGAUGGUAAUCAAGCUGCAAUUGGUGGAAAUGACAAUUGUUGUGCAAUAUGGGACAUGAAAACUGUCACGCAGCCUAAACUCUUGUUUCAGCUUCCACAUCAAGCAGCUGUAAAGGCAGUGGCUUAUUGUCCUUGGUCAAAAUCGCUUUUAGCUACUGGUGGUGGGUCUAAAGAUCGAACUAUUCGUUUUUGGCAUUCCAAUUCUGGCACUCUUUUAAACACGAUUGAAGCCAGAGGACAGGUCACUUCGUUGAACUGGUCAAACAGGAAAAAACAGAUUACGCUGACGUUUGGAUUUGGUGAUACAAAGAAAUCGAAAUUAAUCAUCGUGUAUUCAUACCCACAAAUGGAGGAGUUGAUCCAGGUUGAUGCUGCUCCUAAUCUCAGAAUUCUUUCAUCUGCACUUUCACCAGACUGCAGUACACUUUGUGUUGCCUCAAACGAUGAGACUGUCAGGUUUUACCAAUUCUGGAACCCAGAUGAUAGCGUGAUAAUGGAAAGCCCAGAAGGUGGUGUUUUUGGUAGCGAUUUGAUCGAUCUCAGUGAAGGUAUGACCGAAAGAGGUGAUUCCAUCCGUUAA